AUGGAAGAAUCAACAAUUUUGUACACAUAUCCACUAUACCUUGGUGCAUCGGAUACUCCGGCCGUUGUUCUAAUCCCUGUUAAGCUUACAGGAUCUGAGAACUAUGGGCUUUGGAGCAGGACAAGGAAGAAUACCCUUUUAGGGAAGAGGAAGUUAGGUGGAAUUGCAUAUGCUUCUAAUGCACAUCUUGUGUGGGAAGAUUUGAGAGAGCGAUUUGACAAGGUGAAUCCCAUAAGAAUCUUCCAAUUGCACAGAGCUAUUGCCACUCUAUCACAUGGUCAAGCUAGAAGACAAAUUCUCUUGAAAUCCAGUGUUCUUUCUAUUAAUCAAGUAUAUGCUAUGGUAAUCAAGGACGGAUCACAACACUCUCCUGGUCUAGGCUCAGUGAAUGAGAAAAAUGAUCCAAUUGCUAUGCAGGUUGGUAAAGGUCAAGGUUACACAGAUAAAAACCUUUUCCUACAGUGUGAAGAUUGUGGGCUUAAGGGCCACACAAAGGAAAAUUGUUAUAGAAAUAUUGGUUAUCCUGAGGAAUUUAAGGGAAAGAAGAAAUUUGGUUCUGCUAAUAUGGUCAUGGCAAUGAAGAGGAACACUUCUGUUGGUAAGGAACCAUAUUUCAUUGAGGACAAAUACAUGCAAAUCCUAGGUUUGCUAAACAAGAAGACCACUGACAGUCAGGCUAACAUGGCAGGUGUAAACAAUGUGCUAUUUGGUGAAGGGGAUAUUGGUAAGAAGAAUGCAGAUACGUGCAUAUACAAGGAAGCAGGUGAUAAUAAUAAAGCCAAAACACAUCGACGGGCUGUAAAUGUGAGUGGAGAAGAUUGUAGAUUAUGGCACAUGAGGCUUGGUCAUCCUUCAGCUAAACAGGUUAGGUUUCCUACUAGUAGUUCCAGAGCUGAAUUUCUCUUUUCUUUUGUUCAUAUGGAUCUUUGGGGACCUUAUAAAGUUGCUACAUUUGAUAAGAAAUACUAUUUCUUGACUGUUGUGGAUGACUUCAAUAGAUAUACAUGGGUGUGUAUGUUGCAACUCAAAUCUGAAGCCAUAGUUGCAAUUAAAAACUUUUUGCUGAUGAUAAAGAACCAAUUUGGGACAAUGGUGAAGACUCUAAGAACACCAUCUUCAGCCAUCAAAGGGAAGAGUCCUUUUGAAAUGUUGCAUUCUAAACCUUCAUCUCUAGCUCACUUGAAGGUGAUAAGAUGUCUCUGCUACGCAACUGUAGUGCCUAAAGGUGAUAAGUUUGCUGCAAGAGCAUGA